UUAACAUCUUUAAGGAAAAUAUUGAAUUUAGUCGUUGCCGAGCAACAUGUAAACACAAAUGAUAUCUCCAUUAUGUAUUACAUUACCAGUAUAUAUUGAUUUUAUAUUUUCUGUGUGAACAUGUUAUCAAAGCGAGAAAAGUUAUUAAUAAGACCUUGGCAACAACGGAGAUAUGAUAAUCAUCGAAGAAAGGUCCAAUCAGCUUUACCAGCAAUUGAUAACAAAACUCCACAAAACAGGCCUCAUAUAACAGUAAAAUUAAAAAAAUGUCAACAAGAAGUUGAUAGAACGGCUAAAAUCCAAAAGGAUAAUUUUAUUUUGUUGAAAAAGUUGUCUUAUAUCAUGAAAACGAAUCGUGUUGAUAAUUAUUGGAAUACACCACCCCCAAAUUUUUUAAAUCGAAUUUCAAUGUACGAUUUUCCCCAACGUAAAAAAAUCGUUUAUAUGGAAGAAAAACCCUUUGAAAAGACGACUCAUAUAAGAAAAUCGAAAUGUUCAGCUUGUACUCCAAAGCCACCAACACCCCCAAGCAUUCCUGAGGAGCGAAUUCCUUGGGAACCUAAAAAACCAUCGAUUUCACGAAAACGUUCACAAUCGGUUCCUCCAAAACGUUCCGUUCCAAUAAUCCAAGAAAAACUAAAAGAUUUACAAGAAAAAGGUGUAGAAAGUUCUAUUAAACCUGAUUCAAUUCGAAGUAAAAGUUGUAAGGCGAAUCAAAGAUUUUUAGAACGAAAAACAAUUAUUGAAGAUGAAUGUCUCAAAUCACCAAGAAGUUUUUUGUUGGAAAAGGGAAAUUUAAAAUUGUCCAUAAAUUUUCCUUCUGAUACAUCUGUAACUGUCCGUGAUGGUUUGUUGGAGUACCCACUUUUUAAAGAUGAUUGUUAUUGUACUUCAAUGGGAAAGGUUUAUUAAACACCUAUUUAAUAAUUUAAUAAAUUUUACAAGAAUACAAAAAUAUAUUAGUUUAAUAUUUUUUGACACGCAUAACAUUUAACAGCGUUUGACAUCGCUGUCUUAUCAAACGAUAAGAGCAUUAACUUAUUGCUGUAUUUUACCUUUUAUUAGACGUAAUAUAUUGAAUUUGUUCGAGAUCGAUUUAAAAAAUGUCAUAUUACUUAAAAAUAAAGAUUAGAUAACUCCCAAUCAAAUGACAAAUUAAAUAUAGAAGCAAUAUAAAUAGACCAAUAUAAAAAACAAAUUUUUUUUUGAAAUAUUGUUAAGCUGUUAAUGCACUAAAUCUGUUCUUAAGAUAUAUAUCCUGGUGCUAUCAAAAAGUAAAUAUUUUCUUACGAACUGAGUGUUUAGAACGCAAUCGAACCGCACUUUAUCAAUAUUUAUUAAUUCCAGGUAAAAGGAUCCUUUCAUAGUUUCCCAUAUAUAAAGAGUUGGAUUUAAAAAACUCUUAAUCAAAUUUGCUUUAAAAUGUUUUUUAUUUCAUGAUCGUCAUCGGUCAAUUAGUAGUUAGACUAGCGUUCCAUCAUCUACUCUUGAAGUUGGUAUACUUGGUCUCCCCCCCAGGGAAUGUUUCUCCAUGAAUACAUAGAUCUCUUCAAAUUGGCAAUUUCUACUAAUACCUUAUUAUAUGUAUAUAGGAGUUGCAUUAUCUUAGUUUAUUACAUUGUGUUUGUUCUUACUAGCAAUGAAUAUCCAGAACAAGUUAAGCCUAGCGCAAGAUCAAUCACCUUCAUCUUCAAUUUUAGACUCAGGCAUGGUAACUAACACGAGUUGGGUGACGACUCUUCAUCUAGAAUCAGCUACAAAAAAAAAUUUCUCGGACCCUUUAGGAUACUUUCGCGGCACUUUCGGGGUUCUAGAAGAAUAUAGAAAACCAAAUGACUUCAACAACGAAAUUUUUAUUUACAAAGAUAGAUGCGUUUCGAAGAACUGUUGUCGAUCAAUACUGCUGGAACUGCUGUAAAUUGACUUUCAUUUGUAUUUGACAAUUGACGAGCCUUCUCAUGAAACCGCAAGGUUAAGGUUAGACGGUGUCUUGACCUUGGGGUUCUAGGAGGAGGUUCGUCAAUUGGCAAGUACUUAUUACUACAAGAUUUUGAUCAAAAAUUGGAGAUCUCCGAGCAAAUAUUGUUUUUGGGAAAUGUUAAUGUCUUAUGUUAAUUCGAAGAUAAAUAUAAUAAAAAAUAAAACUCAA